AUGACAAAACUUGGUCGGGAGAAAUUUCAAGAAUAUGAUGAAUUCGUCACAAAGGUGGAUCAAUUUAAAACAGGUCUACUUGAUUAUGUUCUGGAUUCAUUGGUUCAUCUCGAAGUACUUCAAGAUAAUUUUUCAAAAAGAAAAUAUAAAGAAGAAAAGGAUUCGGCGAAAAUUACUUUUAUCAAACGAACAUUGGACAAAAUUGAUCGAAAAGUUCUGAGAGUAUUUCUUAUACAAUGUAUUGAUUUAAUUUCACUAACGGAACAAUUAAGAGACAAAUAUGGCGGGAAAAUGUUUAUUCUCGAGCAUAUUACAUUUGGUUUAGUUGGUUUUGUUGCUGUUGGAGCUGGACUUGGACUUCUUGCUGGGCUUGUUUUGCCAGCAGUAAUACCUCAGGCGGUUGUAGUUGGAAGUAUUUUAGGCUUCCUAUUCGGAUCGGUUUCGGGUAUUUAUACUCUGGUCAAGAAUUGGGGUGCUUUUAAAGAUGAUAUUCAAAUUGUACGAGAAAAUUUAUCAAAGAUCAAAGAUAGUUUGGAAAAAGUUCGUGAUCAAUUGGAGCGUACAGAAGAACAAUUAGCAAAAGCUAAAAUGGAGAGUGAUAAUCAAUACGAACAAUUAAAUCUUUCACCUGAUCAAGCAAAACCAACAUAUCAGGAAAUUGCUGAUCUCGAAGAAUAUUUUAAAGCAACUUAUGAAGCUUUCCUUGAAUUGAAAGAAAUUAUUUUACAUCCAAUCACCAAAACAAAUUCUUAA